AUGUCCAACAUACAAAGAGAUAAUGGGACCUGGACACUGUCAAAAAAUGAAAUAGGAGAGGAAGUGACUAGCUACUACCAACAGCUUUUUAAUAGUCAAGGGUCUGAGGGUAGUGAUAAUAUUCUGAGGGGUAUACCAUACUCAAUCACUGAUCAUAUGAUUGCUAACUUGACUAGAGCUGUCUCUGAAUUUGAGAUUAAAACUGCACUCUUCUCCAUGCAUCCAAACAAAGCUCCUGGUCUUGAUGGAAUGACACCCUUGUUUUUCCAAAAAUUCUGGAAUCUUAUUAAAUCUAAUGUCAUUCCAGCAAUCCAAAGCUUCUUCCAUUCAGAAGGUCUAUCUAACCUGCUGAGAAGGGCUGAAGAGAUGAUGUUGAUUACAGGAGUUAGGAUCAGUAGACGGGAUCCUUUAAUAUCCCAUCUAUUUUUUGCUGAUGAUAUGUUGGUUUUCUGCAAAGCAAGUCCGGAUCAAGCUGAAGAGAUCAUGACAGUGUUAGCGACAUAUGAACAAGGCUCCGGUCAGGUUGUAAAUUAUGACAAAUCAUCUGUGUUCUUUAGCAAGAAUCUCCCUCAGGUGGUAAAAGAUGAAGUGUGCAGAAAGCUGGGAAAUGUCCAAAUGGUGAACCAAGGAAAAUACCUUGGGUUACCUAUGGUCAUAACGCGUUCAAAAGAGCAACUGUUUGGCUUCAUUAGGAACAAUUGCCAAAGACGACUGGGCAACUGGAAAAACAAAAUGCUAAGUAAUGCUAGGAAGGAGAUAUUGCUCAAAGCCAGCACAAUGGCUCUACCUACAUACGCUAUGUCAUGUUGCAAAGUCCCAGGCAGGCUAUGUAAGGAUAUUAGCGCUAUGAUGGCCGGAUUCUGGUGGGGAGAAGACAAUGGAAGAAGGAAAAUGCAUUGGUGCUCCUGGACAAAACUCACUAAGAACAAAUGUAGUGGGGGACUGGGUUCAGAGACUUGCAAAAUUUCAAUAAAGCUCUGCUGGGUAGACAAAUUUGGAGCCAGUGUUAGGGAAGAAGUGGGAAGGGGCGUCUGGAGGAAAAUUGGGGAUGGAAAAAGUACAAAUAUUUGGGAGAAUAGGUGGAUUCCAAAUACCAAAGAAGGGAAACCAUCUACUCUAAAGUCCCAAAGUUGUUGUCUACAAAGAGUGGAGGAGCUGAUAGCAAACUUCAGGUGGAACUGGCACCUGGUUUUCAGAAUUUUCAGUAGCAAAGAUGCGGAGGAAAUCCUAAAGAUUCCAAUAAGCUUGGCAGGAAGAGCUAACUGCAGCUAUUGGGUUGCAGGUAACAAUGGAAUUUACUCGAUCAAAUCAGCAUACAACCUGUUCAGCAAAGGGGAACAUAUUCAGCAACAAGACAGGCGAGAGCAAGGGGAAACAAGUAUACAUGGGCAAGGGGAAAAAGAUUGGAAGAAGAUGUGGAACUUGGACAUCAAAGGAAAACUGAAGCACUUUCUGUGGAAAUGCCUAAACAGAUUGUUACCAGUGAAUGAGAUACUAUAUUACAGAACUAGAAUGGGGGAACCUAUUUGCCAAGCUUGGGAGGUAUGGGGGUUGGCACCAAUACAGUGGGAUGGCAUUGCUGACCGCAGAGGGAACUUCAACAAAUGGUGGAGUGGAUUCAUUGAGGCAACAAGUAGGAAAGAAGGAGCUCAGUACCAGGCUCUUACUGUGAACAUUCUUUGGCAAGUUUGGAAAACUAGGAAUGAGAAGAUUUUUAACAAUAGAUGUCGUCACCCUUUUGAAAUUGUACAGAAAGCUCACUUCAAAUGGCUCGAAUACACUGAAGUGCUCCAUGGAGAAAAGCAAAUGAGCAAUCCAGAAACAACGGUAGGGUUGGAAGAGCAGCAGAACGGUAAUGCAGACAGUAACAUGAUGCUCGUUACAGUGGACAUCAGUCAUCCAAACGAAGGGAAGCCAUUAGGUAUAGGCAUAGUGGCUCAACAAGGAACUAAUGUGCAUGCAGCAUGGGCCUUGACGAACAGAAGUUCAGGAGACACAUUGCUGGAUUACGCUACAGCAAUCAAGUUAGCGUUGGUCAAGGUAAGACAACUGCCUUGGCCAGAGGUAAAUUUGCUGGUUUCAUCCAUUCAGAUGCUGCGACUUUUGAGAAUUAACAAGACUCGUGAUAUCAGACAUUUUGCUCAUCUAGAGGAUAUCCACAUGCUCAAAGCUUUGUUUAUGAAUUGCUCAUUUAGCUUGGCUGGCAAUCAGUGUAAUGGUUUAGGUAGAAAAAUUAGCAUGUAUGAUACUACUUUAGUGCAAGAUGAGGAAUAUAUAAGUCCUCAGUGUCGAAUGACACAAUUGUAA